GGCAGAGACAACGCUGGGCGCCCGGCCGUCCCUCCGCUGACUGCGGGUAAUGCUCAGACAGCGAACCGGCGGCGGGGGGCGCCCGGGCCUCCCGGGCGACGGCGAAGGCGGAGUCCCGGCCCGGCCGGGGAGGCUGGCGGAGAGGCCCCCCCAACUGCCCGCCAAGGUAAACAAGGCCGCGACGUGCGCUGCGCACUUACCGGGAGCUGCGGCCUUGCGGCCGCUGAGCCCGGACGAGCCAGACCGGGUCAGGUCGGGCCAGAGGGACCGGAUUGGGGAGAAGUGGCGGCAGAGGCGGCGGGCCGACGCCGGUCAAGCCCGUGUUGCUUCCUUCAGAAGAGUCGUCCCCGCAGCUCCGGAAGUGCUUGGCGCCGUUGCGUCACUUCCGGAUCGGGGUCGACCCACGGUCGCUCAGGUCGCGACUGGCUCCUGGUUAGAGGGCCUCUUUAGCGCCGCCUCCUUGCAAUUUAGCGCUCUGACCCAUAGUCUGACUAGGGUACGGCAGGUGCCGACGGCGUCUGGAGCCACCAUUCGCCUACCAGCGUCUCCCGUUGAGAUGUUUUUAACCAACGCGUUUCUCACCGCCUUGUCAUUUCACUGGUACUCCGGAAUCGGGCACGGAGAAGACAUCCUGGCGUCGGUGGAGUGUCUAAGAACCAUUGUUUCCCGGCCGCUAUCUGGUCUGAGGGGAGCUGGGCCGGGAAUUUCUGCCUACACCCCGAGGCGGUUGCCGGAUGGCCCCAGAGCCGCAACCACACCACGCUUUCGCUUCCCCCGCCGCGGCCUCGUUCGCCGCCCAGUUCGACUUACCGUCACCGUGCAAGAUUGCAUCUUAACUGCCUUGCUUCCAGUUUCUUUUCACAGUAUAGGAGUUGUCAUCGUGACUUCCAGUUACCUUCUGGGACCGGUUGUCAAAUGCUGUGGCUAGAGACGGAGGGUCACUCAGAUUGUUGCUGCACCACUGUGGAAAUGCCAAUGUGAAGCCGCUGAUGUUAGGAAGGCUCCAGGGUGUGCAAUUCCAUAGACAACAAAUCAAAUCAUUUCCAACCAUACUGGAGUCGCGUAUAUACGCAUUCAAGACACCUGUGCUGGCCGGUCGCUGUGGCUCAUGCCUGCAUUCCCUGCACUUUGGGAAGCCAAGGCGGGAGGAUCGCUUGAGCCCAAGAAUUUGAUGUAGUGA